AUGAAUACUUGUUGCUGCACUUUCUCCUGCCUUUUAGAUCAGGAGGAUGAAAGAGACAGAGGACUAGAACCUGUAGAUGAAAGUGAAAGUGAAAGUGAAGGGUUAGGAAAGGUUGAAAUUGAGAGCAAGGGUAAACCACAAGAUGCCGAUGAAUUGUCUAUAGCUACUGAAGAGUCACUUAGAGAAGUAUCAAGUGAAGUUGAAAUUCUUGAAUCUGAGCAAAGUAAGCAAGAGGACGAUCCUUUGUCCUUGUUGAUGUUAAUCCCAACUGCUGAUCCCACGGAGAAAGUGAAUUGGGCCAGAAGUUCUAAUAGAUCACCUAGAGACGAGAAAAUCAAGGACCACCUUAUAUACUCAGUUCCAGAGAUCCAGGAUGCUUUUGGGGACUGUGACCAUGAAGAACAAGAAGAUUACACAGUUCAGAAUUAUAUCGAAGAAGAUGAAAAUAGACCUCCAGUAUGUGAAGAGGAAAAUUUUAAGAAAAAAUCGAAGCCACGGGAUAUGAUUCCUGAUGAGGAUGCCCUAUAUGAGUUUGAAGAAGGACCUAGAAAAUGGUUGAUGGAAGCCAAAAACUACUUCUGA